AUGCAAAAAGAUAUAUCCAAAACAUCAGGUGCUGCCACGAAUAUUUGUGCUAAUGGUGAACGAGCAACAACUGUGCCAUUUCGCAUAGAACAAAAUUGUCGACGUGUUGGUGGAAGAUGGAGAAGGGGUAGAUCGGCUCACUGCGGACGUCGUAAUCAACCCGUAUUUUUUGGUCCAUCUGCAGAAUUCUCCACCCCGCCACAUGCUAUUUUUGACAUACCACCGCGUGUACUACCCGCCAAUAUGUUUAAUGCCAACGUGGUACCACCUAGCGAAAGAGAUGCUCAAUUCGAUUUGCAAUUUGCGCCUUUCAUGAAUCAUUUUCCAACAUAUCAGUUUGAUAGUUAUCCCCCACGCUUUUAUGAUAAUGCACCUCCUUUAUCUUUAAAUGAGAGCGGUUCUAUUCAUCCAUCAUCAUCAUCGUCCUCAGCACAUAACCUUCAUUCUAUAAGGGGUGGAAAAACGAAUUGUCACAAAGUAAGACGGGAAAAUGCCAAGAAAUCACGAUAUAAUUAUCAGAAACUUCCAUCUGAACAGUUUUCUCAAUUAAAUUUAGAGGGUGAGAUGACUGACAUCCAAGAAGGCUAUGGCUGUCCACCGUCGUAUGUUAUGGAGAGCUAUCGAGAUCAGACAGAGUUGUCUGAAGCAACACAUGAUGAUUGCAACUCAGAGAUACCGACUUCUGUAAACGAAAUCUUUCAAAGAGGAAUAACUCAUCGCGAACACGACUCAUUGCAAACAUUACGAGAUAGAUUGAAAAAGCAGUUGGAAGAAGAAAACUAUGAAUGCAUGAUUUGCUGCCAAAUUAUCCGUGCUAAUGAGUGGAUAUGGACUUGCAAAAAAUGUUAUCACAUGUUCCAUAUUAAUCGUGCAAAUUCUUAUGGUUGCAUAACACAAUGGGCAGCUAAAAGUUUCAAAGCAGAUGUUGGCUGGCGAUGUCCAAGUUGUCAGAAUGUUACUUUUGAACUUCCCAAACAGUAUCGGUGUUUUUGUACUAAAAAAUUGAAUCCUCCAACACAAAGAUUCCCGGAUAUGCCGCACUCAUGCAAUGGGAUUUGUGGGAAAAUCCGUGGUGGCGGUUGUGUUCAUCCAUGUACCGAUCAAUGUCAUCCAGGACCUUGUUCAGAAUGUCCGCGUACGAUUACUCAAAAAUGCAACUGCGGUCGGCAAAUUAUUGCUGGUCGCUGCGGUAAGCAACUGGAAUUUAAGUGUUCGAUGGUGUGCGGAAAAACACUCAAUUGUGGGAUACACAAAUGCGAAAUUAUCUGUCACCAAGGAGAAUGUAACGCUUGUGAACAUGUUAUUACCCAAAAAUGUUUUUGUGGUCUCGAAGAGCGGGUUGUACCGUGCACAGCUUUGAAUUUGAAGGUCACUUCAUUUAGUUGUGGUGCUCCAUGCACUGGGAUGUAUUCAUGUGAUAUUCAUAAAUGUGAACUCAGAUGUCAUGACAAACAUGGAAGGGAUGAUUGCGGACUGUGCAGUUUAUCGCCGGAAAGGAAGGAAUAUUGUCCAUGUGGGCGAACGCUUAUUGUAGAAUUAGAGAAAGUGACACGAACAUCGUGCACUGAUCCAGUUCCUACAUGCAAAAAUGUUUGUGGCAAAGUCCUGGCCUGUGGUCCAGAAGAUAAACCGCAUCGCUGUAUGCAAUUAUGUCAUGUAGGAUCUUGUUCUCGAUGUCCUUCAAGUUGUUUGAUAAGUUGCAGAUGUAAAGCCGUGAAAAAAAUAAUACCAUGCAAGGAAUUUGUUCUUUACUCGGGUGAAAUUUUACAUCUGGCCGAAAAUCCGUAUCUUUGUGUGCGGCGGUGUAAAAAAUUGAAAACUUGUCAGAAUCAUCGAUGCCGUGCCGUCUGCUGCAUUGAUGAGGAGCAUGUCUGUAUGCAGAUCUGCGGUAAAAAACUAAACUGUGGGAUUCAUAACUGCGAUCGAUUAUGUCACGUUGGACAGUGCCCUCGAUGUUUGCAAGCAAGUUUUGAAGAGCAGUACUGUUUGUGUGGACACACCGUCCGCGAACCACCUGUUCCGUGCGGGACAUCAUUACCACCUUGCGAUCAACCAUGCUCACGACAACAUCCUUGUAAUCAUCCCCCAAUGCACAGCUGCCAUGCUGAACCUGAGUGUCCUCCCUGUACUGUGCUUACUCAGAAACCGUGUUAUGGUGCACAUGAGAUUCGCGCAAAUAUCCCAUGUUUUUUAAACGAUGUUUCCUGUGGACGCCCAUGUGAUAAGAAACUGUCGUGCAAAGUACAUCGCUGCAAACGGAUUUGUCAUGCAGGACAGUGCUUAGUAAAUGAGUGCCAGCAACCAUGUAGUAAAAGAAGAGUUGGAGAAGCCUGUGAUCACAUCUGUGGCCUUCCAUGUCAUGGCGAUACUCCUUGUCCCAAAACCAAAGUGGCCAUCACUUGCUCAUGUCUUCGGAAAUCGUCUGAAAUGCAUUGUUCUGAUGUUGAAAAAGCUUAUCAAAAAUUCUUAUCAUUGAAAGUAAUGGAGGAUAACCAUUUGAAUAUAUCUGCAGAGAAUCGACUAUUAAAAAGAAGUUUAAGUGUAGAGAAAUAUCAUUGUCUUCCAUGUGAUAUCGAAUGUCAACGAGCACUGCGAAACAAGAAAAUGGCAGAAAUAUUAAAUAUUUCUCGUCCAGAUGCAACUAAUGCUGUGUCAGUUUACACCACUUUUCUCAAAAAUAAAUUGAAAACAAAUUACGAGGAACUUUUGGACAUCGAAAACACACUGGUUGAACUUGUGCAUGAUUUGAAUGCGGAUCCAAAUGUGACAACGGUUAGUCACUCAUUUCCACCUAUGUACUCGGAAAUGCGCCGUAUAAUUCAUGAAUAUAGCAGACAUUUUGGCAUUGAAACAGCCAGUUAUGGCCAAGAACCAGGAAGAAAUGUAGUUGCCACUGCUAAACGGGAUGUGAGUUGUAUGCCAGCUGUACUUCUUACAGCUACUAAAAGAUAUUCAGAAACAUCAUCAACAUCAGGCACUGUGGCAGUUGUUCCACCCAAGACUCUAUCAUCGAUUUCAAAAAAUUUAUCUGUUGAAAACAGAAUGCAGCAGUUACAAUCAGUAGGGAAAGUAUUAAAACGAGGUGUUAAAGAACCACUGACAUCACAAAAAUAG